GGAUUUCUUAAUUACACUACUAUUCUCUAUAGGACGGUUCCUUCUGUUUCCGUUGCUAAUAUCUUAGCUUCCUAGAGUUCUGUUUAAUAGUACUUUUAUCUUUGUCCUCAACACCGGAGCCAGUCUUAGCGGGAAGUACCAGGAGCACAAGACCCAGAUUGUUUAUAUGGGAGUUAAAGGGCUUUUAGGGCUCUUGAAGGACAUUCAAAAACCCUCACAUAUCGAGGAAUUCUCUGGGAAAACGCUAGGGGUAGAUGCUUACGUUUGGUUGCAUAAAGGUGUGUUUGCAUGUGCUAAAGAGCUCGCAUUCAACAUUGAAACGGAUAAAUACAUUCAGUAUGCAAUGCAUAGAAUCUCUAUGCUAACCUAUUACGGUGUUAAGCCAUUUGUCGUGUUUGAUGGAGGACCUUUGCCUAGUAAACUGGGUACUGAAGAGAAACGACGUGCUCGUCGUAAAGAAGCUCUCGAGUUAGGAAAAAAGCUGUGGAAUGAAGGAAAGAGAAGUCAAGCAAUGAUGCAUCUUUCACGCUCGAUCGAUGUUACUCCAGAAAUGGCGAAUAGAUUUGCUAUGACAUUACGACAAAACAACAUUCCAUUUGUUGUAGCUCCGUACGAAGCUGAUCCUCAGCUUGUGUACCUUGAAAAGACGGGUUUCAUUGACGGUAUCAUCACUGAGGACUCGGAUAUGUUGAUCUUUGGUGCUCGAACCGUGCUCUUUAAACUUGAUAACUUUGGCAAUUGCGAUGUCGUACGUCGAGAAGAUAUUCCACGGCUUCCUAAUAUGAGUCUCCAAGGAUUCAACGAUCACAUGCUGCGAUACCUGGCUAUUUUCUCGGGCUGUGACUACACAGACGGUAUCGGGGGCAUUGGACUUAAGAAGGCUAUACGUUUCAUCCAGCGUUUUCCUAAACCAGAUGCUGCUAUACGUGCUAUGCGUGCAGAAAGGAGUCUGAAUGUUCCCAUAGACUUUGAACACACUUUCACUCUCGCUGAUAAAGCGUUUCAGCAUCAGCGUGUUUACUGUCCUCAGCAACAGCGGCUUGUUCAUCUAAACGACGUUGUGGGAACGUUGGACGAAAUUGAAGAAGCGUUCGUCGGUCUGCCUAUUGAUGAAGAAAUAGCACGUCAGAUCGCAAUUGGUGAAAUGAAUCCUAUUACUAAGGAGAAAUUUGUUUCCUGCGAACCUUUGAAAGGAGAAUCCAAGAAACGGAGAUUUGUUGCAAAGACAGAUAUUGCAAAUUACUUUCCUACUGCCAAACGUCCUCAGAAAACUGCAAGUCUUUCGGAUGUUACAAAUAUCGCUCCUCAAAGAUCACCCGAAAUACUUGCUAGUGAUGCUGGGCACAAUCUGAAGAAACCAAAAUCAAUGAGUUCUGGUUCUCUUGCCUUGCCAAAUCAUGAAGCCAAAAAAGAGAAUGAAGCUAUUAAUGGUCAAACGAUAUCAACCCCCUCAAGUCAUUCUCCUAGAAAAGCUACGACACAAGGGUCACCCUUAGAUUUGACAGCAAAAACUGGAAGUACCACUUUAUCUUCGCACGACAAAGAGACGGCCGUACUUUCAGCACCUUUACCUUCCAUUGGCCAACCUGCAGAUACCCAAGUCGAGUCAAAUUCGGGUUCUGCGUCUCCGAAAGAAUCGUCUGUUGAGUUUUGGAAGAAAGCCUUCUCCUAUAAACAGAACGAUAAAUCGGGUAAUCAUACACCCCGUAUGUCACCGCUCUCUCGCAUUGGCGUACAAGCCUUGUCGAAGAGAAAGUCACUGUCUACUUCUCAAUUACCGUACAAGAGUCCUUCUUUCACAAGUCCGUCUAGCUCAACGGAUAAAUCUCCUGGUAUGCUCUCAUUGCAUCAAUAUAAGUUCCGCUAA